AUGGCGGCGGGCAGGGCAGGGGCGGCGUCUCCGGGCUUUGCACAGAGGAUGUUCAGCGUCCCUAACCGGAUUUGGGGAUUUGCACGGGCUGCGAAUGGAGGCAGAAAGCAGCUCCUGGGACUGGAGCUCCGUGCAGGAGUGAUGGCUGCUCCUGCUCUCAGUGCCUCCCCAGCAGAGAGCAGGAGACUGAGCAGGAAGGGAGCGCCCUGGAUUUGGCACCUGCUGCAGGAAUGUGCCAGGGAUAUUGUCACUGCUGCUUUUUAUGAGAACAAGGACCUAAUUAUGAUUUCACAAUUUGUGUACUGUAAGCUCAAGAAUCAGAAGGUGUCAAAAGAUAAGCAGUCCCAGCCUGAGGAAUUUGGGCACAGCCUGGAUUGUGGGAGCUCUCCUGACCUGACUGAAAUGCCAGCCUUCAUUUGUGGCUCUGGCUCCUGUGUUGUCCUGGGCAGCAGAUUCCUUCAGCUCUGUAAAAACCUCCAGAGAAGAUGCACAGAAAGUGCCUUUUACCUGCUCUUUGCCUUGGCCAUGAUGGGAAACUGCACCUGUGGACUGAGCCUUGCUCUAAAGAUGCCAAACCCCAAAUCCUCCUGGGCUUUCUACUUUGUUCAUCCCCUUCCCUAGCUCAUUGGGAGCUUUGGAGUUUUGUUCCUUGACAUUUUGAUGUGGCCCAAAGUGACUCUGAGGAAGCUGAACAUGCAGAGCUGCCCCGAGCAGAGCCUCAGCUCUGAGCAGGACGUGCUGGACAUGAGCCAGCCCUAA